UCAGGAAGAGGGGAUGUGUUGCAGUUCUUCUUUAUGCUAUUGAAGAUCACAUGUCCAAAAAAGAGUUCCCGUCUGAAUAAAGCACGUUAUUUACUUUUUGGUUUUGCAUUUCUGCAUUCGGUUGAGGGAAAUCACCCACACAUUUACCACAUCCUGCCUGGCUCCAAAUCUUCUAUCUGCAAACUCCUGAUGAGCAUCAGUACAAUUACGACAACAACGAAUUGAUCCAGCAUCAGUGGUUGGAGACAAAGUCAAUCUAAAUGUUUUACCUAAUAUGUUUCUAAUAUAAAGUACAUGAUCAGGAGGUAGCCACCCCCAUUGCCCACUAGUCUGUAACAUCACAUUACAACACAACAGACUGCAGAGCUAGCACAUGUGAACGGAAAGAGGAUGUAGCAGUCUGCCAUCUGUGACAUCUAUCUAUCUAUACACAUGGCGGUACUAUAAAAUGGAGGGCUCCAAACCCAGUAAGAUUAUUACAGCUAUUCAUGCUUCUACUGACUUACUGAAAUAAGACCAUUUUAGACAUGGUGUGAUACAGCUAUGGUGAAUAGAGAUGUUUUAGUGGGGAAAUAAAUUAUCACCGCUGAAAUGCUCGGUACUCUUCUGGAAGUCUUUCACUUCCUCCUGUGCAACCUUUCGUCCCCUCCCACAGGCAGCCAAUCACAACGCAGAGCUCACUCGAGACCUUAGCAACUUCCCUGCCAAUGCAAGGGACUCUCCGGUCCCCGCUUCUGUUCUCCUGGGUCUGGCACAGAAAGCCAACCGAUCAUGGUUUUUUUUUUUUCCCCCAUAAAUGUGAAGGCCUGGAGAUCAGAAGGGGUGCGCAGUGAUCUUCUUGGCAUGUGAAUAAACCGCGAGACACAUUAGAUGAGACCUGGGCUAACUACAGCCUCUUCAGCUGGAAAAUCUGACUGACAGCAUCAGAGAAUGGCCCAGAAUGCACCAGUGGCAGGAAGCCCACUCAGCACUGAAGAGAUGUUUGAGGGUAAUGCUCAACAGGCAGAGCCACAUUCCAGCACCUCGCCAAGAUACCUGAUUCCUGACGUCUCCCGCUCCCACCGCCAGGUCGAUGAAGACACCACUGGCCUGAGCAUCAGCCCUAGCUCUGCGAUGACCACCAAAGAGCUACAGGACUACUGGCACGGAGUGAAGUCUGAGAGGACAACCUUCAAACUGCUUUUCGAGAUCCCCUCCACUCGCACUGUGGAGCACGGGCUGUCCCGCUACGUGGUGUAUCAGAUCGUCGUGCUCAAGUCGGGCAGCUACGACUCCAAGCGCGUGUCCGUGGAGAGGCGCUACAGCGACUUCGAGCGCCUCCACCUGCAGCUGCUGCAGGACUUCAGCGAGGAGCUGGAGGAGGUGACGCUGCCCAGGAAGAGGGUGACGGGCAACUUUGCGGAGGAGAACAUCGCGGAGCGCCGCGAGGCCUUCAAGGACUACCUGGCCCGGCUGUACGCCGUCCGCGCCGUCCGCCGCUGCGCCCUCUUCCAGGACUUCUUCACCGAGCCGGAGCUGAAGCGGGCGCACGGCUGCCUGUGCGGGGGCCAGUACAGCCGGGCGCUGGAGCUGCUGCUCCCGGCGCUGGACCUGCAGGAGAAGCUGGCGCAGCACUGCCCCGCGCUGACCGUGCCCACGCUGUGCGCCGUGACCGUGUGCCAGCGCGACCUGGACGACGCCGCCGCCGCCUUCGCCACGGGCCAGCGGGCGCUGCCCCUGGUGCGCCGCUACGGCGUGCGCAAGUACCGCUGCCCCCUGCUGGCCCUGCUGGUGGACCUGGGCUUCCAGCUGGGGCUCCCCGUCGCCGCCCUGCAGGAGGAGCUGUGCCGGGUGACCGACGCCCAGAGGGGCCCGGUGUCACUGUUGUCCCUCAAGGAGCUGGUGGUGCAGGAAUUCACCUAAAAACCAGGCCCAACAAAGCUCGACCCUCUGCACUGCCUGGCACAGCAAAACUCUGCGGGUCUUUGUAUAAGUCUGAGCAAAUUCCGCAACGUGGCAUUGCAAUGCCCUUACCCACAGACUCUGAAAUAAAAAAUAUAUGAGGUUUAAAUGAAAACAUUAAUUACUUCUUUCAUUAGGUUUUUCCAACAGUCUUCAUAACCUAAUGACAGCUCCAGAAUUUGGCGUACAGCAACUUUGAACUUUUUUGGUUUUUGAAUGAAAAAAAUAAACAACAGCUUCAUAAUCAAACAUGGUAGAAGCAACACAGCAACACAGUGGAAGCUUAUUUUAUGAAGGACUGAAUCUCGCAGUCAAGCAUAACUUCGUUCCACAGCAUGGAUCGAUGCCACAAAGAGAACUCUGAGGUGGGCUUUGACACCUUUGUGCGUUUUACAACACAUUUUACUGCUUUUUUUCCCCAAAUUAUGUUGUGUAUACUGUCUUCUAUGCAAACAAAUAGCAGCAGUUACAGCAGAACUACCACUGGUGAGGAGCGGGAUGCAAUGCAGAAAGUCACCACUUGAGGAGGCCAUUGUAUAUAUUUUAUUAAAUGGAUCGGCGUUUAACAAAAAGGAAAACUUCCAAAGUUAAUCUUUUUCAUUUCAAGCGAAGAGAUUGUGAAUGAUGACAGAAAGCAAAAGAUUGGAAAUGUGGUAUGUGGUUAUAUACCUUGUGUAGAUCUGCUGUCAACAAGCAUAUUUACUUUUAUUACAAAUAUGCGGGAAUAUUUAUUUGUGGAAUAUAUUUAUUUGAAACCUA